AUGACAACUCUUGAAUGGCCAGACGGGAAACCUUUGGUGCAGUUAGAGCGCCCAGCAGUUUUUGUCCCUAAGGCAGUUUCUCUUUAUGAGAACCUUUUCGUUUCGGGUCGCAUUGAACACAAAUCUGAAGGAUUUUGGACUGAAGUUUUCCUUCUUCGCUGUAACAAAGGUGCAUUUUUAGACAUUAUUGCUAAAGUUAGCCCAGACAAACUUCUUCAACGAAAGGUGAUUACUAGAGACCUUUUUAAGCAAUGUAUUUUAAGACUUUCUUCACCCAUCUCUGUCAAGCAUAUUACAGAGCUGAACAACACGCUUGUGAUUCUAUCGUCGUUCUUGCAGGGUGUGUUUUCAAAAAAAUUCAUGUCACAAAGCUCUGAUCUUAUAUCGGUACUAGCCGGCUACGAUGCCAUAGACAAACUUUUUUUCCAGCUUUUGGAUAAUCUCAAGCUUCUCAUUAGUGGCAACUUUUUACAAAAACAAGAACAGAUACAACAAGAAAAAAACGGCUCGUCGGCAGAUUCUAUACCGAAUCUUAUUCUUUCAGCCCAAGUUAAUGCUAUCCGAACUACACUUGUUGCUGCGGGAGGCGCUUUUAAUACAUCUCUUGCAACUUAUUUCAUGAAUAGAGAGAUGUUUGUUUCUAUAAAUGCAUUCAUUGAUUCUCCACAAUCAGAUCUUUAUGUUGGAGACGCAUUUUCGCUUAUUGGAGUACUUGCGGUUUAUGGUAAGCUGGAGGCUUCCAACCCUUACCGUCGACGUCUUGCUGACUUUGUGGAUCAUACAAGCAUGCUCAAGACAGUACAAGCGUCUGGUCACGUUUGGCAAAUCUGCCUUGAUAGCUAUCGAAAUAAUGCUAAAUACCCUGCAUCGCAACAAGCUUCUACAUCUUCAACAUCGCCAACAGUCCCGACAAGUACUGCCAUGUGGUCUGUGUUUUCGUGGCUAGGAAUUGGAAACAGUGGCGCAGCAUCUGACAACAGUGACGAUAGCAUAGCACAAAAAAAUCCUUUGGAAAUAAUGUCGCUGACAAUUGCAACAUAUGAAGCAAUUGCUGUUAAUAAGGUAUACGCAAAGAUAUUAUUAGAGUGUUCAGAAAAUGACACAAGUGGAUCCAAUAAAUCUCCACUCUACCUUCAAGCACCACCCUUUGCCACAUUUAUUUCGCUAUGCACAUUUCUUUUUCAAAACCAACAUAAGUCUCAACGAGCUGCCAUUUACUCUCGGCUGUGCUUAUUGAUUUUUAGAAUACUUAUUGAAUCACCUAUUUUCCCUUCAUCUGCUUCAGCUUCAUCAGCCCCUUCUCUUUUACUAGACGAUAACCUGAGGACUACACGAAUUAUUGUUGCACAACAGCGAACACCAUAUCUUCCAAUUGUUACUUUUGAUUCGAAAAAUGAGAAGAAGAAACCAGCAAAUGAUGAUCUAGAUGAAAAUAUUAGGGGUCCAAAAGAAGGCCGAUUGCUAAUGGAAGGAAUUUUAGAUGCAUUACAAUGUGCCAUUAGAUACAAUAUGAAGAGAAAUCUGGAUACUGAAAUGUACAAACUUGCACUAAUCAAUGUUUUCCAAGUCAUUCAUUCUUUGCGACAAGCAAAGUUCCAACUUCAAUAUCACUGGUCUGAAUUAUGGAAAACACUAAUGUCACUAGUCAGAUUUAUAAAUGCACACCCAUACCCUUCAAGCACAGGAUCAUCACCAUCAUCAUCGUCUGCAUCCUUGCCUAACGGCUCUAACAAGGUUAGCCCGGGAGAUGCAACAGCUUAUUCUGAGAUAUCCGGAUUAGUUGUUCUUAUUCUUGCAACAUCACUGAUUCAUGGCGAUUCUUUUCUUGGAUCACCAGAAGAUUUUGACGAUCUCUUUUACAAGGUAAUUGAGGGAAGUGAAGUUCUAAUGAAGCUCAAAUCCCUGUUUUUCAUGCCCGCUCUGGGAUCAACUUCAGGUGGACCCACUGCAUCGAUUUCCCCAUCCAUGGCUGUUCUUCAAGCUGCCAUCAAUCAUUACUCUGCUUUACUCCCCAAGAGCAAACUUAUGGGUUCCAGCAGUUCUCAACAGUUAAAUGCUCAGCAGGUGGCUGCUUUGAUCCGCGAGGGAUAUCAGACACUUUCUUUGCAUCAAUACGCAACCACUAGUAGCAAUGGAAAUCGCCGUGCUAAUAGAAGCAACGGUGGUAGUGGUGGCUAUACUAGCAAUGGAGGUAGUGCCAGCCCAGUUAUUGUACAGUCCCCUGCCGAAGUGGCUGCCUAUUUAUUGUAUGAUCCUUUGCCCAAACUGCGUGAGAGUGACGAACGAAUAUACUUUAAAAAGAUGACGCGACAAAUCAUCACCGAUAUUCAAGUACUCCAUUCAAAUAUCUAUUGA